GUCCUUACUUAGGUGAGGGUGUCAUUUGUCCUAUGCAGCCCUGUUGAAGGAGUGGAUUUUUAACACUGCCAGUACAACACAUCAGGAUGUCUUCACCUAAGCUCACUGCAUCAGAGCCCAAGGACACUGAAUGCAGUAUAACAUGUGAUGUCCAAGGAUCCGAAGAGCAAAAUAUCACAUCCUCGACACCCGUUAACCACAUUGACCAAGUGUGGUCCAACAUCUUUUUGGGAGACAAAGAAGCAGCCAAAAACACAGCCCUCCUACAAGACCUAAACAUUACUUAUAUUUUGAAUGCCGCUGAAGGUGAUGCGAAUAACCAAGUGGACAGGACAACUUACGAUAAUCUAUCCAUCAAAUACAAGGGGUUUAUGGUUCUUGAUGACCCACGCUUUAACAUCAGGCCCUACCUAGAAGCUGGUGCCCUGUUCAUCAAUGAAGGAUUGUCCUCUAGUGGUAAAAUUCUGGUUUUCUGCCCAAAAGGUGUCAGCCGAGCAGCAGUGUUUGUACUUGCUUACUUGAUGUUGCACCAGAACAUGAAGCUCAAAGAUGCCGUCAGUUCAAUUAUCCGUCAUCGUAGUAUUAGUCCUAACAGUGGCUUCUUGAAUCAGCUCCUUGAUCUAGAAAAGGAGCUUGCCCGCCAGAGGACCUGUCAAAAUGCCUCAUGUAGAGAAGGAACUUGCUCACCAGAGUGCCUGUCAAAACGCCUACUGUAG